AUGGUCCGCUACGAAGUCUUCGACGCUCGGGACCUGCUGUCCUUCCCCGACGGCGACAACAGCACGGACACCGUCUUUGGGGGCAUCCAUUUCAACCUCACGACGCUCAAGCACUGGAACUACACGUACUACAGCAACGGCACCUUGUCCAACAAUUCCAAGUGCUAUCUGACGUAUGCGCCGUACCAGCCCGUUCUGCUUUACACCAAUGGAAGCUUCAUCAACGCCACCAAAUGCUACAGCGCCGUCGACCCAAUCGGUGUCCGGGGUUACGUGGGAAUUGGCUUUGCGGCCGUGUUUGGCAUUGCUCUGAUGCUUACGCUCACUACCCUCGCCAAGCAUGGCAAGAUGUAUCUGCCCAAGGAGAAGCGCUUCUAUCCCAUAGGCCGACGCUGGCAGUGGUACUGGGGAUGCUUUGUCUGCGCAUGCGCGCUGGUUAGCCUAUUCACGAAUAUCGACGUUGACCGUUACCACGUCCAGGAACUGCCAAUCAUCGUCACCUCUUUCUUCUGGUUCCUCAUUUGUCAAGGAACAGUAGCGCUGGUAUGGGAGUCGGUUAGGCAUUGGGGGAGCUGGCAAGAGAGGCAAUUCAUCGACCCCAAUCCCUUUGUAUAUCGAACCGACGACCGGCGAUCCAAAGUCGAGUUUUAUCUGCCAUUAUGGGUUUAUUUUUGGAUAUGGAUGAACUUUUUUCUUGUUGUGCCUCGCAGCUGGAAGUUUGUGGAAAUGCAGCGAUCACCGGAACAAACUCUGGCCAAAGCCAUUCCCACAGCUACAGGAGCGCGAUUCAAAGCUGGCGCAUUCUGCCUAGUGAUUGCUUCACUUAGCAUUGUUUACUCAUUGCGCCACUCCAUCUAUCACUAUAAGCCUCGGAACCGCGGAAUAUUCAACCGGACGUGGGGCUUCAUCAAGGCAAUUCCGAUGCGUUUUAUCCUCACCAUUCCUCUUUGCUUCGCCCUCGUUGCCUACCAGAUACUUAUUUCGUUUGAUUGGACCUUUUCGGUUAUGCGCUACGGCGGAAUUGUACCUGUCAUAUUCGCCUGGGGCUAUGGUCCCUCUCUACUCAUCCUCUUUGUGCAAAUUAUAUAUGGGUUCGCGAGCCCCAACGAAGAUAAAGCUCUCAUUUCGCAGAGGCGACAGCGAGGUGAGGUCAUCGACCAGGAGCUUGGCAUCGUCAAGAAGCCAGCAUGGUGGAGGCGUGUUCGAGGUGAACAUCUCUACACCUUGCGAGACAAGAUUACGCAAAAUGUCAAUGAAGUUGGAGGCAAGCGUGGGCUCAAAGCCCGGUUUGAAGACGAGGAGAGAGAGCCACCUCUGGGAGGUGAUUUGGUCACCCACUCUAAUAACAACACCAUCGAGAUGAACAAUCUCUCCCACAAUCCCCGAGUUGAUAGGGCAGGCGUUGGAAAUUUGUCAUCCAUUGGCGAGUCGCGUCGCUAUGUGGGAAAGUCUGAUCGCCGCCACAACGAGCGGAUCGUUGAAGACGCUUCCGGCGUGAUCUUCCCCAACAAUGCGGAAGCCGAGAGACAGGCUCAGAGAGAACGGUGGAUUCACGAGAUAUCGCAAGACGGACCUCCAUCCUAUAGCGAUACAGAUCGGGGGCGCCCUACCCGGCAUGACGGGUUAAAUAAUGCGCAAAGAACCGACAGUACAAGCACUACCAACUCCACUGCCGCUCCGCCACAGCAAGUUAGAAGCAUGCUGGAUGUUUAA